AUGUUACUUAUGACAAGCAGCAGGGCAAUCACAAGAAGACUCGUUCAAACUGCGAGAUUCAAUCCCUUGAAGCUAGUGGUGGUCCCAGCAACUGGUCUGAGACCAUCCCAAAGCGGCCGGGAGCGAGCAAUUGAGAAGAUACCAUUUCACCACACAUUCUACCAACCUAGCUUGACCCGCAAAUUUCACUCCUCGCCCAUUGUCAUGGCAAACCCGUCGGAGCUGAAGCAAACUCUCACGCCAGCUCUCCUCGAUGAGGUCCAUGCCUUAUGGUUCGACCAUCUGGAAAGCAAGGAUGCUCUCGUCCUACCAAAGAUGAGUGAUAUGGGCCGCUGGUUUAAACAAGACUCUGAAUUUGACAAGCUCUGCGUCGCAAAUUUCCGCCCAGCUUUGGAAACAAUUGUGAACUCUGGAGCCUCCGACUCGGAUAUCAUCGCUGCGGUGAAUCCAGCUUCGCCAAUGGAUUGGAUUAACAUGAUCCUUUUGUUAGACCAGAUGCCUCGCAAUUGCUUCCGAGGAGACGAAUCAAGAUUGGUCUUUCAAACUUUUGAUCCUCUGGCCGAGAAAAUUGCCCUCAAGGCACUCAAAGCGAACAUUCCGACUCAGUCAUCUUACUUCCGCUAUCGAUUAGCUUAUCGAACUUGGUUUCAUCUACCCCUCAUGCACUCUGAAGAUCUGGCUGUUCACGAGAAAGCUGUUCAAGUGCAUGCGGAUACAGCCAAGGAUAUGGAGGAGUUUGUUGCCAGGGACACUUUGACACUCUCCGAGGAAGAGAAAGAAUGUCAUGACAUUCUAAUCAACCAAGUGGAUCAUCUGAGAAAUUUCUUGAAGGUCAAUGAUGAGUUUGAGAAAAAGCACAAGGUCAUUAUUGACCAGUUUGGACGGUACCCGCAUAGAAAUCAGGCGCUCGGAAGGAUUUCCACCCCGGAAGAAAUUCAAUACUUGGAAAAUGGUGGUGAGACUUUCUCGUGA